CAUCUUUGGGAUCCAGCAUCAUGAUACCACUCUUCCCUCAAACUGAAGGAUGCUUGAUAAAUGAUAUGCUAUCUCUAUUACGUUCAAGAUCUUGAUGCCUUCCUGUCCCUGCAACUGUCUCCACCUGUGGCAUCAUGAUAACCUCUUUGGCAACUUGCAUGCUCUCCCAUAUUUUUGCAACACAUCUCUUCCUAGACCACAAGUUAUGAGAACUGAAAUCCAAGUCUGAAAGAUUCCUAAUACUGCUCCUAAAUCUUCUAGACGCAAAGAUUGUUUGUUAAGUUUUACCUUAAUUUGAGAAUUGAAGCUGAUAUACAGUUUUCAGAAGAAAAUAAUGGAUGUUUAGUUCUUUUGCUUUUCACUUUCUUAUUUUGUAUCACCUUUCCUCAUUCCAGCUCAAAGACCACCAUUCUUUGUAUGAAGGAUAUGUUCCUAUGAAGUACAAGCGAUAUUACAAGAAAAUGGCCAAGUACAUUGCUUCUUUCAUGGAUCCUUAUUUAUAUCCACAGCAACAAAUGUGUCCUUCCAUUAAUGCACUUACCUUGAAAUUGUAAGGGAUUUCAUAUUUAAUAUCUAAUAUUUAAUUUACUGCAUCAUGCAGAUCUGGUGAGUGGGGGGACCAUGUUACCUUACAAGCAGCCGCUGACAAGGUUUGUUAUUCUUUCCACAAAUAGUUAUGAGAUGCAUGUUUUUGUCAUAUUUUAUAUGGUUGAUGCAUGAAAAUGAUUGUAUGGUGUUUAAAUGCUGUCCAAUUAUGUAGCUAUUCUUUUCCAUUCUAUGCUUCAUAUCAGAUUUGAGUAAAUGAAAUUGAGGAUGACCUUGGCAUUUUUCUUUCAAAGGGGAUAAGCAAAACUGUGCAUCUUGCCAGUUUCUGCUGAUUUUUUUUCAUCCUUUUUUUAUUAGUGCCAGCUUUUGCUGAUGGUUUUGUAUAUUCAUGGAUGCUUCUAGAUGUCUCUGAUUACCCUAAAAAAUGAAAACAAAAAGGAAAA